GAAAGGAGAGUUCGGGGCGGGGCGGGGCGGCGGCGCGGCGACAAUGGCGGCCUCCAGUUGGCUGUGCGCGGCCGUCCUCCUGCUCUGUACCUGCGACCUGCUGCUGCUGGUGCUGCCGCCCGGGGCCCGCGCGGCCGAGGACCCGGCCGGGAAGCCUGGCGAGGCGGCCCCGCCGCCCCCGAAGAAGAAGAAGAAGGACAUUCGCGAUUACAAUGAUGCGGACAUGGCGCGCCUUCUGGAACAGUGGGAGAAGGACGACGACAUCGAGGAGGGCGACCUGCCGGAGCACAAGCGGCCCCCGGUGCCGGUGGACUUCUCGAAGCUGGACCCGGGCAAGCCGGAGAGCGUCCUGAAGCUGACCAAGAAGGGCAAGACCCUCAUGAUGUUCGUCACCGUGUCCGGCAGCCCCUCCGAGAAGGAGACGGAGGAGAUCACCAGCCUGUGGCAGGGCAGCCUCUUCAACGCCAACUAUGACGUCCAGCGGUUCAUCGUGGGCUCGGACCGCGCCAUCUUCAUGCUGCGGGACGGCAGCUACGCCUGGGAGAUCAAGGACUUCCUGGUGAGCCAGGACCGCUGCGCCGAGGUCACGCUGGAGGGCCAGGUGUACCCAGGCCGCGGCGGGGGCGGCCGGGAGCGGAACCAGACCAAGCCGGCCAAGGGCAAGAAGAAGGAGGGCGGCCCCACGGCCCGCGGCGCCUCCCAGGAGGACAACCGGGCGGGCCGGGCGCGCGGGGACCUGUGACGGGCGGGCGGCGUGGGACCCGCUCCGCCUGGCGUUCCGGCCUCCGCGGGGUCCGCCCGGGCCCGGGGGGCAGGCCGGAGUCCCUGUGGACCAGGCUGCGGGUGCUAAGGCAGCAUUCACGUUGGCCACGGCCACGGCCACGGCCACGGUGAGGGUUCCUGGGCAGACGCGCUCGCUGGCAGCUUGCGGGGCGUCCUGGGCGCCAUCAGCGCCCUCAGCGCGCCCGCUCCGGGCGUGCGUCUGCUUUUGGGUUUGUGCAUGGAUGUCGAGAGAGGGCGGAAGGACAGCAGGUUCCGGUCAGACCCGGGAAGGCCUGAUUUUGCCAAACCGGGCUCUUCCUCCGCGCCCCCAAAACGCCACCUCCUGCCUGUGACGUGGACACCACCCCGGCCACCGGGCCGUGUGCGCCCGCCCCUCCAGGAGCCGCCGAGACCCCGGGUCUCCCAGACUCGCCGCCGCCGCCGCCUCCUCCUCGCUGAGAUCUCAGGGGUCUGCCGCUGCUGUGGGCGGGGGGUCGGGACCGGCCGUGUCCUCCUCUAGGAAGUGGUGGGAUGUUGGCCAGGCCACGUGGCAGGGCCCGGCGCCCUCGUGGUGAACACGUGUCAGCUGAAGUGCCUCCGUGUGUGUGUGGUCCCCAUGGGCCCCCUGCCGGUGUCUGAUUUGCCCUCUGCGGAGGGAGAGCCGGGCAGACACAGGUGCCAUUUCUAAGAGCCGCCGUUUGUAAAGCUUUUCCUUGUGGUUUUCUCAGAAUAACACGUUCAUGGUGAGAACGUGCGGUGCUCCAGGCCUGCCUCCCUCC